AUGGGUAAAACAGGUAAAGGAAAAGGAGGCAAAAACAGAAGAAGAGGAAAGAACUUUAACGGAGGACAAAAGCGUGAGUUGAUCUACAGAGAAGACGGCCAAGAAUAUGCACAAAUUACAAAGAUGCUUGGAAAUGGACGUAUUGAAGUCAGUUGUUUCGACGGAAUAAAACGUAUGGGUCACAUUAGAGGUAAGUUGAGAAAGCGUGUGUGGAUGGGACAAGGAGAUAUCAUUCUUGUUUCGUUGAGAGAUUUCCAGGAUGAUCAAUGUGAUGUGGUACACAAGUAUAACUCGGACGAAGCUCGUACGUUGAAGAAUGUAGGAGAAUUACCAGAGAACGCCAAGAUUAACGAAACCGAUACGUUUGGUGCCGAUGACGACGAGGAAGUGAACUUUGAGUUUGGUGCGGAGGAUAGCGAUGAUGAUGAAGACGACGACGAGUUGGACAUAGAUGACAUUUAA